AUGGAAGCACCAUUAGCUCAAGCCAACUGGUAUGUACUUACUUCUUAUCUCCAUCUUAUUCCGUCACCUCUACUAACUUUCGCCAGGCAACAUAAGGACCCUCAAGGUGUCGACCUGCAAUCCAUCCAGCAAUCCACGGACAACGUGGUGGUGGAUUCUGCCAAUGCCUCUUUCAACCCCAUCAUCCCAGCCAAUAAGAAUGGGAAAAGAUAUUCGAUGCGCCAGAUCUUCCAAGUAUGGUACGACAACGAAAGUACCAUCCUUGAAGACGUCCGGGCCUCGCUGAAGAACUCGGAGUCCUACAAGGUGGCCAAGCCUACUCCCAUGUACCAUUUGGUAUUACAACACGCAGUCAAGGAAGCCGAACUGGAGAAAGACUUGGAUAAGGCCGUUUCACAGUUGUCUGUGGACGAGCCUCGAAGAACUGCCGCUAUGCCUCCCCCUAAUCUUCCUGCUCCAGCUCUGCAGACGAUUCCUACCCUGGACCCAUCCUUGAAGUUGAUUCAGCCUUCAGAGAUCCAAUGGCUCUACCUUGAUCCAAGUGGAAACGAGCAAGGUCCUUUCACGGGCGAUGUCAUGCAAGAAUGGCUUUCGGAGGGCUACUUGAACUUCGACUUGCGGAUUCGUCGUAGUGAGGAGCAUCAGUUCCAGACAUUGAGUGAGUUUUGUGAAAAGCUUCAGAAUUUUUCCUUUCCUUUCAAGGUGCCUCUUCCUGAGAUUGGACCAGUGCUGAAAUCGGCAUCUCCAAAUGGUCCAGUUGCUCCUAGUGCUGGUGGUUCAUUUCAUGAUGCCAAUGUGGCUACUCCACUCCACCCCAACGGUUCUGGGUCCACACCUGGAACCUCGCAGCCUUUCCAACCUGGUCAAAAUACCAACGGAAGUCAAUCGGCGUUCGGUGCACCAUUGUACUCGCAGUUGAUGCCUAAUGGCUUGCCCAACGGAGGAUUGGGUGCUGCCAACAUGCGUAUGCUGUCUUCAAGUCACCUCUUCGACUACUUGGCCAACAACGACUACCUGUUGAUUAAUCAACAGCAGUAUCCUCCAGCGAAUCAGUUUGGAAUUGAUACUGGGAUCAACCAGAACCUUGGUGGUCAAAAUCUUGGUGGUCAAAAUCUUGGUGGUCAAAAUCUUGGUGGUCAGAAUAUAGGUGGUCAGAACAUCGGUGGAGGUUUCGGGCAGUUGCACAUGCUGUCGUUACUUCACCAGCCAAUGCAGCCGCAGCCUCAGAUCUCCAGAACAAGCAGCGCAUGGGGCGUUGACUCGACUCUUGCUGGAAACAACACUGGAAGCAGUCUGAAUCCGUUAUUGUCGCAACCCAACCCAAUUUCCCCUUGGUUGACUGGCAUGCAAUCUGCAUCCCGGGUCAGCUCUCCGUUUGUACCUUCGUCAACUUUGGCUAGCGAACAAGCAGUUAAGGUCGAUGACCAUGUGUUGCAUGAUUUGCAUAGCUCCUUCGUGACUGGAAUCUUGAAUGAUGACAGAGAGGAGUUUGCUGCUGCUCCUGCCGCUCCUGUUGCUGCAGAACCGGAACUCAAACCUGAAGCUCCUCCUUCUGAAUUCAAUGAGGAGAUCAAGCCUGUUGAACCCCAGGUGGAAUCACCUGUUGUUCAGCCGCAAGAACCUGCCAUCCCAGAACCAGAGCCUAAGGUGGAGCAACUAGUUAAAGCUAUCCCAGCUCCAGAACCAAAGGCUGAGAAGCUCACGAAGGUUAUUUCCGAGGAGCCUCUGCAGCCAGUGCUUGCUCCAUGGGCUGCCUCCACUUCUUCCACCUCUACACAGCCAAAGCUUACCUUGAAAGAGAUCCAGCAAUUGGAGGCUGAGAGAUUGCAAAAGGAAAGACAAUUGAGAGCUGAGUUGAGACAAGAACAAGCGCAAUCGCUUGCCAACAGCUUAGCUCGCAUGUCUGAAGAAAAGUCUACCGAGAAGUUGACUUUCAAUUGGGCCAAUAAUUCUGCUCAACAGACAACUAUUCCAAAAACGUUGGCCGAAAUUCAGAAAGAAGAGGCAGAGGCCAGAGCCAAGACAGCAAAGACCAACACCACCACGGGUGCCUCCGUUGCCAAACCCUCUUUGGCUUCCUCGUUGGCCAACGCUGUUCCUAAAGAAGACUUUUCUGCUUGGACCACUGUCGCAUCUAAGAAGACUGCUCCAAAGAAGGUUGCUACUCAGACAUUCACAUCUUCACCAGUGAAUUCCAGCUUGUCGCCACAGAUGUUGAGAGCUGCGUCUUCUUCUUCGAUCAUUGGCAACAGUGUCAACAAUAACGCUGUGAAGGAAGAAUUUAUGGUGUGGGCCAGAUCUGCCAUGACUAACUUGUACCCAUCUGUGUCUAAGGAUGAUUUGCUUGAGAUCUUCACCACGUUGCCAGUACACAACGAUUCUGCCCAGUUGAUUUCUGAGACUAUCUACAGCUCGUCUGCAACCAUGGAUGGCAGAAGAUUUGCUCAGGAGUUCAUGAAGAGAAGACAACAGGUUGAGAAGCAGCUAGGCCACGGGUACAACGGCUCGUGGUCGUCUGCUAUCAUUGCUAGUGCUGACAAGAUCCCAGCUGUCGAUGAUGAUGGGUGGAGCACUAGCGUGAAGUCCAAGAAGAAGGGAAAGAAGAACUGA